AUGGACGACGGCGCGAUACCCUACGUCGGGAAUCCGGAGCCGGCGUUUGGGCCUUGGUUCAUCGUUGUGAUCCUUUCGUGGACGCUAUGGGGCGUGCUUACGCUGCAGGUGGUCAAUUACUACUACGCGUACAAGAGGGAUCGAGUGCUGCUGAAGUGGCUGGUGGCGAUUGUCUGGCUGGCAGAUACGGCGCACAAGAUCAUUCUUCUGACCGGAGAUGCCUCGUCGCGAACUUGUACGCUAUGCUUCCUCUUACUCGACCGAUCUGGCCGAUAUUCUUUCAGCGGCUACCUGAGUCCUGUCAAGGAUGUAUCCCUCAUAAGCGGCGAGACCGCACCCCGCGUCUUCGUCACCAUCCUCGUGCAGGGAUUCUGCUUCUCGCGCGUGUAUAUCUUUGCGCGACGCACUUACUCAGCUUUACUAAGCGCGGUGGUCCCCGCCGUCUAUGUCCUAUCCGUACUCCUACAGCUCGGCUUCACAAUCGCCUGCCUGAUAGUCACGUUUACCGCCGACGACUUCGCUGACUUCGCAUCGAAGACGAUGUCGAUCUCUGCACCAGGCUAUCUGAGCACGGCACUCGGGACCGACAUCAUCAUGGCGAGCUUGAUGACCUUCUUCCUGUACCAAGAGUACCGCAGGGGGCAUUACGACGGGACGAGCAGCAUGCUACGCCGCCUCUGCAUCUUCUCCGUCAACACAGGGACGUGGACGGCCGUGUUCGCCAUUGCUACGCUCAUCUUGUACGAGCUGCGCCCGCUCGACAACUACUGGGCGAUCUUCGACUUCGGCGUCUGCGGCGUCUAUAGCAACACCCUUCUCGCCAACCUCAACGCGCGGAACUACGCGAGGGGAGACGAGACGGUGACGUUCACCUUCGACAAAACUGGAUCACCCAAUAAGACCGGGUCGCCCGGGCGCGGACUACCUCCCUUGAGUACUGGCGAUACGACCACGAUGGGAUAUUCUGGGUAUGCGACGGGGGAGACGCGGUUCACGAGUAGUGGGCGGACGGACGAGUCGGUGACGCCGAGGGACUUGGGGACCUUCGUGACGGCGAAGGAGGAGCUGAACUCGCCGACGAGUAAAGAGGGGAGUGAUGACAUUGUAUAA